GAAGAUGUUUCCAUCCUCUCUCUCUUAAUUUGUUCUAAUUUCGUUUUUAUUUAUUUAUUUAUUUUUUUCACUUUUGGGAAUCUUCAAAAUCUCGUCGCCGAUUAGAUCUCACUGGCAAUUUUGGUAGUCGCAAGAAGAUUUGCCUGCGUUGUGACACUAUUUAACUGAUUGAUUGCCGAUUGGAACCCGCCGAAGCGAAGCGAAGCGAAUCAAAGAACCUAAGAAAAUUUGUUCUUUCAACGCCAUUUUGCAGUGUGCGGAUCGUCGCGAUUCGAAGGGGGGGAAAUGGAAGGGGUGCUCUCAGCCACCGAUAAGCAGAGUAUGGUCUCCUCCUUCCUCGAGAUUGCUGUGGGCCAAACUGCCGACACUGCUAGGCAAUUUUUGCAGGCAACAAGUUGGAAGCUGGAGGAUGCUAUUCAGCUGUUUUAUGUCGGUAAUGAAGGAGGAGGAGGAGUGCCUGGAUCAUCUGUACCCUCACCACCAACUACAAAUGAACAAAUCAAUUCUACAACUGAUCAGACUUCAAAUGAAUCUGGAAAUCAUGUGGGAGCUGGAACAUUUGGACAAUUUGAGGAUGAAGUCCGCCCUCCUCUACCUGUUAUAAGGGAAGCUCUUUAUGAUGAUGCAAUGUUGUAUGGAACAACUAUGGGCUAUCUGCCAAAUGAAUCUGGCUCAUCAAUAGGAUUGCGGAACUUGCAAAAUGAAGUGAAACCUCAUGAUGUCUGGGAAUCAGAAGAAGGUGCAGCAUCCACGAGUGGCAAUCCUCGAGAUAAUUUGGCUUCGCUGUAUCGUCCUCCUUACCAUUUGAUGUUCAGUGGGUCCUUUGAAAAGGCAAAAGGUGCUGCCUGCGUCCAGGACAAGUGGCUGAUUGUAAAUUUGCAGUCCACCAAGGAAUUCACCUCGCACAUGCUUAACCGGGAUACAUGGGCAAAUGAAGCUGUUUCUCAAACCAUUACUACCAAUUUUAUCUUUUGGCAGGUGUAUGACGAUUCAACUGAAGGCCAAAAGGUCUGCACAUAUUAUAAACUAGAAUCAAUUCCUGCAGUUCUUGUCAUCGAUCCUAUUACAGGGCAAAAAAUGCACUCUUGGUUUGGAAUGGUUCAACCUGAACGUUUACUUGAGGAUCUAUUGCCCUUCAUGGAUGGAGGUCCCAAGGAUCAUCAUGUCACCUUAUCUCAUAAACGUCCAAGAGAGAGUUCCAUUACUUCAUUGAAAGUUAAAGAUGAGGAGGACUACGAGGAGGACGAGGAAGUGCAACGUGCUUUGGCAGUUUCUCUAGAAGGCAUGAAGGAAACAGUCAAAUUGUCUUCUGAGAAUAAGGAUGCAAAAAGUGCUGAGAAGGAAGAACAGAAGCCUCCAACCUAUCCACCAUUGCCUGAAGAACCCAAAGGUGACAGAAGUCUUCUUUGCAGGAUCGGAGUGCGUCUUCCGAAUGGACGUAGAUACCAAAGGAAUUUCCUCCGAACUGAUCCAAUACAGUUGCUUUGGUCAUUCUGUCAUUCUCAGUUAGAGGAAGGUGAGACAAAAGCAUUCAGAUUGGCACAUGCAAUUCCAGGAGCUACAAAGUCUCUGGACUAUGAUGCCCAAAUGACAUUUGAGGAAUCAGGGCUUGCCAAUUCAAUGAUCUCUGUGACUUGGGACUGAGAACAAGUAGAAGCUGCCAUUUUCAAAACUAUUUCUAUAGAGACAGGGUUGGGGAAGUUGUGUAAUUAGUCACUGUAUUUUGUGGUUUUUCUGCACUUUCCAGUUACUUUUGUACUUUGGAAAACGAAAAAGAAAAAAAAAGUUUAGGUAGGAUGAUAAUCUACUGUUUUAAUCUUCUUUUUUUCUUUCUUUUCUUUUGAAAAAAGUUGAUACGCCAGACACAAGGGGCAUGGCUGUGAUUACUCUUUUGUAUUUAUAGGAGUUGAAUUUACUAUUCUCUCCCUCCCUCCUAUGUGUGUGCAUACAUUUGACGCUUGAUUAAAUUUGACUCUCGAGGUUACUAUUAUAGUA